AUGGGAGUUUGGGCAAGGCAAUUUCGAGAGGUCCCAGUGUGUACCCAGGUACUGUACAUGAUACGUACCGUGAAAGUUGGCAGUGGGUUGGGAAGCUCAGCUGGACCCAUCAAUGAUUACGACCACGGUUUUGAUGGGAUUACGGACGGGCGAGCUUGA